AUGGAACAAAAUAUCAACUCGAAGUGUCUACCACCUAACUACGCCUCUUCCACCACCAUUUCCUCCACCUCGUCCGACGGUUCGACUGUUUCUUCCUCAAACCACUCAUUUACUAAUGAAAAAGAAACUACAAAGAGCCUAAAAGAAUGUAAAAAUGGUGGCAAUGAGAAGCAUAAUCCGACUAGUUAUCGCGGUGUGAGAAAGCGGAGUUGGGGCAAAUGGGUGUCUGAAAUUCGAGAGCCGAGGAAGAAAUCAAGAAUAUGGCUCGGAACAUAUCGCACGGCGGAGAUGGCGGCACGAGCUCACGACGUGGCGGCUUUAGCCAUUAAAGGCCACUCAGCUCAUCUCAAUUUCCCUCAUUUGGCUCACCAACUUCCGCGCCCCGCUACCACUUCACCUAAAGACAUCCAAGCUGCCGCGGCCAAAGCAGCAGCAGCCGCAGUAUGUCCCGACCAAAUUACAAGCAGCGAAUUCAAAGAUGAAGCACAUGAGCCGCUGCCCAACUCUCAUUCUUCAACAAAUUUAGAAGCAUCCAAUUCUUGCUCAACCGUUGAUGAUAGCGACGCAUUUUUCGACCUCCCAGAUCUUUGCUUCAAUGAAAGAGACCUUAAUGUCGGAUUCUCUUACUGUGCUUCUUCAUGGAAGCUGGCUGAAGCAGUCGCCGAUAUUGGAUUCCGGCUUGAUGAUCCAUUUCCAUGGGACUGCUACUGGAAAUAA